GUUUUCCUUCCGCAAAUUCUGUUUCGUACUUCACAUAUCCUUUAUUUUUUCUGGCGGCUUACGAGAAAAAACCUCAAAUUUGUUUUUGACUGAAAGAUUUUAUAAUGGCACCUAAAGCCAAAUUUCAAGAAGGUAUUAUCUAGGCAUUUCUGUCUCAUUUAAGAACCUCUUUGUAAAAUCAUUAAAAAAUUACCUCUAACAGUAAAAUUCUAGUUAGUAGGUGACUAUUACUACUAAAUUUAAAAUUAGGGACUAAAAUUUACUAGUAGGGCCUACUAAUAAAUACUAGUUGUUAAGUUAUAAUUAUAAUUAAUAUAUAAUAAUAUUAAAUAUUAAUAGACUAUGGUUAUAGUGGCAGUGUUUCUAUUGUGGGUUAGUGAUAUGGCUUAGGUCAAGGGUGGUCUAACUCUUGGCGCAGUGACAUCACUUUGGGAAAUUAAACACUGUAGGUACUUCGAUGAAGCAAGGGAGACUACUAAAAAAUUAGUAUGGGAAAUAGGCAUCGGCAGGCAAAAAUACGAGUUUUUAAUUUUUUGGUAGUGGAACUAUUUCAUUCAUAAAAUAAUUACUAUAUCCCAGAAUUGUGUUCCUCUUCCGGCCUUUCGCUUUAGAGGACAUCUUGGCCUACAUUUUAAUCAAUUUCUUUUUCAUUUACAAUCGGUCGGCUUUGAGAAAAUCCUUGGUGAAUAUAAGGCAACUUCAACCAUUAAAAUGAAGUUGAAGUAAAAGAUAUGUCAAUACCAAUUUUUUUAUGCAGCUGGGGCAUCUUUUGAUCUACAUGUAUGCCAAUUUUCACAGCAAUAUGUGUUUUACGAGAGAUGCCAUGUUUCUACGGGUUCGCCAUGCAGUUCGCUCAGCCUAAUUUCGAUAUGGCGUGGGCCACGCCCCCUUUUUAAUGGCGGAAGUUGCCGAUACUAAGGAAAUAUUAAAUUACUACCACUAUUCACAUCAAAAUAUUUGAUAACUUGUGUUUCAGAAUGCAUUUUGAAGACAUUUAAACAGGAAUGUUUUAAUUUGAGCUUUAAAAACCUGGUAGAGUCCAUAUUAUAAAUGAUCAGAAUAUACUGUGUGCAACACCUUGUCAUUGGCAACUAUUCACAGCCACUUGCAUAAUGGCUGUAUUGUAGUACUACCUCAGAGUUUCAUUCAUAAGAGUUUGCCGUGUGCAAAAACUAUUAAACCAUUGGUCAGGGAAAGCUUUAAUUAAUUAUUCAUGUGCCAAAGUUGAAACUAAGUCGACCCUAAACAGUAUUUUAGUGAUAGGGGAUGCGUUGCCUUAUAUAAAGAAUAUAGUCAUUGCGCAUGACGCGAUCAGCGGAAUGAGGUCACAAGAUGUGGAGGUUUCGUCCAUAGUAAAAAAUACCAAACGAACUCACACUUUAAAAAUUCAUAGCUCAAAAAGUACUUAAGCUAAAAAGUUGAUUCUGGUUUCAUUUUUUAUUUGAAAUUGUUCUAACUAACUGUAUUAUUUAAAAAAUUAUUUCAAUUUUUUUUAUAUUUGUAUUCAAGUACCUAAACAAUGGAAGAUUGAAUAGACUGUUGGACCUGAACAAUCAUUAACAAACAAUGUCAUGUGUGGGAUAACUUUACAGUUCUUCACUGAGCAUUUUCAACCCGUAUUUGUUCAACGAAUAAAGUUGCAAUUUUGACCCGAUUGCUUCACAAAUAUUUGAAAAAUAUCAUGAGUGAAUAGGUCUGCUUUUCAUAAUUUACCAUUCGUACCAGUCCAUUUUUUAAAAUUUCCAGCCUUUUUAAAGUCUAAAUAAAUGUAUUAAUCUUGAUGUGGAUUAUUUUGCGUGACACACCUACAACCUGCCGGCAAAACUACUGUGUCGCAACACACAUUUGGAAAACACUGCACUAGCCAUUGCCAGCAUUGCUAGUACGCUUGGCACUGUUGGAUAGUGUCAUAAAUUCAGUAUGACAGUAUAAAUGUAAUGAAAUAGGGGCAGGGGCCUAGAGUAUUUUUUUUAGUUUUAAACUUUUUUGGGUAUAUAUGUUAAAGAAUCAACUUAUUUCAUUAUUUAUAGCCUAUUAGUUAAAUGCUGUCUCUCUAUAGGAUAAUCAAGACAAAAAGAAUUUUUAAGCGCCGGAUGUAUAUCUCCCGCACUAUUUGUCCGGCGACCAAGUCACAUGACCGCCGGAAGAAUACUUUAUCGAGAUAUUCGUCCUGUGAUCAAGUCACAUGACCGCCGGAAGAAUAUUUUAUCGAGAUAAAGACCCUACAUCUUAAUAUAAGUCCGAUAUAGUGGUAGCCUAGCCUACUUCUCAUGCAAUACUAAAUACUAAUCCUGAAAUACAACUUUAUUGUCUUAGGUCUAUUGAAGUCUACUGGUCUUAUUUUAUUUUGUUCAUAUUUUAAAUUUAGGCUUCAAGGUAUAGCUUUACAAGAUGUUUAACCAAGAUAAGAUUCUUUUUUCUUUGAAGAGUCGGAAUCAAAUAGUAAUAAUAGUAGUAAUAGUACUACUAGUUAGUAUAUAGGCCGACUGGUUUAAUAUUCUAAGUCAACCACUUUAUGUAUCUCAGAGCAUUUGAAUAUAUUAACAUGUUCAGCAUUUAUUUAUUAUCUAGGGAUCGAAAUAUCAAAUGCAAUGCAACUAUUUUGCCGGCAACCACUUGUCACAUGACAUGCCGGAAUAAUAAAGCCUUCCAAUCGCCCGGCGGCCACGUGACGUAUAUCGCCCGCACUAUUUGGCCGGCACGCCGGACGUGUAGACACUUCGUUUUAAAAAUUGGCUAUUACUCAACACUAGUCAUGUGUCUACAAGGUCAAGGCUAUCAUAGAUAACAGUCAAGAAGUAUUUCGUUGCAAUGUCAGCACAACUUCUGAUGAAUUCCUCUAAUUGGUCUCAUAUGACAGUCUUAAAAAUAUGGAUCCUAUGUGUGUUCUGACAACUUAUACUUAUAUAAGAGUAGUUCAAGAGAAUUCAGAACAGAAGCCUUUAAUAACUUUUAAAACUCUGUAGAUAGAUUUAUCGCCAACACCUUCUCAUUUUUUUAACACUUUUCAAAUAGAAAGACUUGUAUGUGCUGUAUGUACUUUUAUGUUCUGUCUGCAUUUACAUUACCAAAUCAAAAUUAUGGAUAACAUGUACGUAUGGUCUGUGGUGCCAAAAAUGUGGAAAAUUAGGUGGAGAAGAAUCUGUCAUACUAUAAGAAAACCUUAGUUAAAUAUAACUAAGCAUUGAACCCUUAAGGAUCAAGAGGAUGGGGGAGACCCAAAAACUCUUGGCCUAUACCGGUAGACAAAGAUGUACUUAAGUUCGGAAAGAGUUGGAAUGAUUUAUGGUAAAAGGCACGUGACCGGAGGGCAUGGAAAGAUAUUGUUAAUGGCCUAUGCUCCAAUGGGGGUUGAAAAGAAUGUUUUUUACGAUAUGUAUUUAGCAUGUAGCACAUAUUAAUUGUAAACUUUUUAUAUUUACCAAAAGGAGAAAAGGUUUUAUGCUACCAUGGACCACUUCUCUAUGAGGCUAAGGUAGGUACAUUUUCAACCCAGAUUUUUUGAACGAAUAUGGUUGAAAUGUCUCUACCCAUUCAAUAAAUAAGUAUAAUUAAGGUUAGAUUAAAUACUUGAAAUAAUGUUUUGAUGUAUAAGAUAGACAAUUAUAAACUGGCAGAGAUGUUUCAACAGUGAUUUUUUAUAUUUUUUUUUAUAUUAUCACAGGUAUCCUCUACGGUACUAAUUUUCUUAUUAAAGAUUGUUUUAUUCAAUGCUUUUUUAAAUUUACUUGACAGUGUAUGCGUAUGGAAGUGAAAGAUGGCAAAGUUCAGUAUCUCAUUCACUACAAUGGCUGGAAUAAAAAGUAAGCUCGACAUAAAUCAUUGUACCAUUCACCUAUUAUAAAUGACUAAGUUCCACUCCAUUAACAAUGGUCAAUUUUAUUAUUUAUUCAAGGGUAUUUUUUUUUAAUGAUUAUAAAAUUUAAAAAUUAAUUCCUAUACAUUGAUUGGUUUGAAGAAUCUAACAACCCAAUGCUUCACCGAAAGCCAUGCUAAAAAGUAGUUUUAAAAACAACAAAAGUUAGAGCAUCUUAUGUUGUUAUAAUUAUCAUUCUUGUUACAAGUUAUCCUGGGUUUUAUUUUAAAAAAAAUAUAACAUAUUUUCUUGUACAUUAAAUGUUGCCUUGUAUACAGAUAAAUCUUUUUGUAAAUUAAACAUUUUGAUGUUUUAAUUUACCCACUCAAUAUGAUGCUUAAUUAGGUUGAUUGAUAUCUGUAUGUUUGGUUAUCCUAUAAUCGGUAGUAGAAAUAUAAUUUUAACAUAUAAAAAGCUUUAUUAGCUUCAUAAUAAUAUAUCAGGUACUUUCAAGACAUAAUUGUUAAGACCAGAAAUGUUUUAUCUGAAAUUUGUGUGGACACAGAUAACUACAUAUUUUCCAUUUUAUUGUAAACUUAAUUUUGUUUUAAAAUGUUAAAUUCUUUUUGUGUUGCAAACUCUUACGUUUUAUGCUUGCAGCUAGAAAUUAAAAGGGACGUAUAUAGUAUUAUAUACCAUUACCUUGUUUUGAUUUUUGACUGGAUGCUAAUCAAAUUUUGAAAGCGGCAGUGAACAUUGGUCACAUUUGCAUAAAUAGCUUAAAUAUUGUAUAUCUUUUGGUUAACCCUUGAACUCUGGCUUGCAUCAUUCUGUGGUGUGGAGCUUUACAGAGCUUUUUGAGUGCCUUUUAAAAUUGCAUUAAAUGACAUAGAAAUAUUGAUGCAAGACCCCAAUAAUUAUAUAUUUUUAGAAAGGUAAAUUGUUGUUGUUGUUGAGCCUUCUCGUCCAUGAGGGGCAUCCACCGAUCAUCGUCGGCGUCUGCGGUUCCUCCAAGGGCAUAGGCCACCUACGAGAGACCUCCAGGCAUCUCUAUCCUGGGCCAGCUUCUCCAGGAUCUUCCAUUCAUGGCCAAUUUUCUUGAUGUCUGUCUCCAAUUCUCAGCGCCAAGUGUUUCUUGGACGGCCUCUUUUCCGCUUACCCUGUGGGUUCCAUUUCAGGGCUUGCUUUGUUGUGUUAGAAGCAGGUUUUCUUAGUGUAUGACCAAUCCACCUCCACCGCUUCUGGAGAAUCUCUUCCUCAAUGGGUUUCUGUUUUGUCCGCUGCCACAGUUCCUGGUUGCUGAUUUUGUCUGGCCAGUGAAUUCUGAGAAUCCUUCUUAGACAGUUGUUGAUGAAGGACUGGAUUCUGGUCAGGUUUACGGCCGUUGUUCUCCAUGUCUCGGCUCCAUAUAGCAGCACAGGUUUUACCAUAGCGUUAAAAAUCCUUACUUUUAACUUGCUGCCUAAGUUGUUAGAGACCCAAACAUUCUUGAGUUGUUGGAAGGCUGCUCUUGCUUUUCCUAUCCUUAUUUUGACGUCCGCAUCUGUACCACCUUGUUUAUCUACCAUGCUGCCAAGGUAAACAAAACUGUCCACCUCCUCAAGGGCUUCUCCUUCAAGCAUAAUGGGUGAUGUACUGGUGGCAUUAACCUUGAGGAUUUUACUCUUCCCUUUGUGAAUGUUGAGACCCAUGCUAGCAGAAGUGGCUGCGACAAUGUUUGUUUUCUCCUGCAUCUGUUGUUGGGUAUGUGCAAGAAGUGCAAGAUCAUCAGCAAAGUCAAGAUCAUCCAGUUGAUCCCACAAGGUCCAUUGGAUGCCAUUCCUUUUCUGCUGUGUAGAUGUUUUCAUCACCCAGUCAAUGGCUAACAGGAAGAGGAAUGGUGACAGCAAGCAACCUUGUCUCACACCAGUCUUCACCUGGAAAGCAUCUGUCAACUGCUGGCCAUGGAUAACUCGGCAGUUUAUCCCUUCGUACAUGUUUCUGAUUAUAUCAGUAAUCUUCUGUGGCACCCCGUAAUGCCUUAGCAAUCUCCACAGGGUUUGCCUGUCAACACUGUCGAAGGCUUUUUCAUAGUCAACAAAGUUGACAUAGAGCGGCAAGUUCCACUCUAGUGACUGCUCUAGAAUGAUGCGCAGUGUCGCUAUCUGGUCCGUGCAGGAUCUGUUGGUGCGAAAGCCGGCUUGUUCGUCCCGCAACAGAGGGUCUACAGCGUUUUCAUCCUAUUAAGUAGUACACGGUUGAAAACCUUUCCUGGGAUGGACAGCAUGGUGAUCCCUCUGUAGUUCGAGCAGGAGCUUAAGUCUCCCUUCUUUGGGAUCUUGCUAAGGUAUCCCUCUUUCCAAUCGGAAGGAACUUGCUCCUCUUUCCAUAUCUUCAUAAACAGAGGGUGUAGCAUUUCCACACUGGUUUCCAGGUCCGCCUUCAGUGCCUCUGCUGGGAUGCCAUCAGGUCCCGCAGCCUUUCCAUUUCUGAGUUGUUUAAUGGCCCUGCUAAUCUCUUCUUUGGUGGGACUAUUACAGUCAAUUAGCAGGUCAUUAUCGGCUGGUUGGAUAUCUGGUGGAUUUCUUGGUUCAGGCCUGUUCAGGAGCUCUUCAAAGUGCUCCUUCCAUCUCCCUCUCUGUUGCUCCUCACUUGGUAUGGUGUUUCCCAUUUUGUCCUUCACUGGUCUCUCUACCUUGCUAAAUUUCCCUGACAGCGUCUUAAUGGUAUCAAACAGUUCCCUCAUGUUCCCCUGGUGAGCUGCAUCCUCUGCUUCUUUAGCAAGUUUAUCAACAAAUUCCUUCUUGUCCCUCUUGAUGCUUUUCUUAACUUCCUUAUUUGCAUCUGCAUACUCCUUCUGGGACUUGUUUUUCUGUGCUCGGGUGCGGCUGUUAUUCACUUCUGAUUUCUUUCUUUUCCUUUCUUCUAUUUUAUUCAGCGUACCUGCUGUCAUCCAUUCUUUGUGUGCCUUUUUCCUGUUUCCUAGCACUUCUUGACAUGUUGACUGGACUGUUUCUUUCAUGCUUUGCCACUUUCCUUCGGUGGUUUCAUCUUCAAGUAUUUCUUGUAGGACUUGGAACUUAUUGAAUAGUGAGAUUCUGAAUUCUUCCUUUUUGGCUUGGUCCUUCAGGAGGGAGGUAUUAUACCGAGUCCUGUAUGCUGUUUGCUCGGUAUAAUGUCUCUUUAGUUUUAAUUUCAUCCUGGCCACAAGAAGAUGAUGAUCUGAGGCAAUAUCAGCUCCCCUCUUAACACGUACGUCUUGGAGAGAUCGCCUGAAUUUUUUACAAAUACAUACAUGGUCUAUUUGGUUCAUCGUUCUCAUGUCCGGAGAGACCCAUGUAGCUUUGUGAAUCCUCUUGUGCUGGAAAAUGCUCCCCCCUAUGACCAGGUCAGCUGUGGCACAUAGGUCCGCAAACCUCUCACCAUUGUCGUUCAUCUCGCCUAUCCCUUGCUGUCCCAUAACCUCUUCGUACCCUGUGUUGCUAUUGCCGAUCUUGGCAUUAAAGUCUCCCAUGAGGAUGACGAUGUUCCUCCGUGGGCGAUCCUGGACUAUGGUCAUUACUCUAUUGUAGAAUUCUUCUUUGUCUCCUUCAUCACUUUCAUUAGUUGGUGCGUAGCAUUGUAUAACAUCUAGGUUGAUGCUACGUUUCUUUGUUCGAAAGGUUGCUAAAAGAAUUCUAGGUCCAUGGGCCUCCCAUCCAAUGAGUGCUCCUUGUGCUGCCCUUGAUAGCAUCAUAGCAACACCCAGGGUAUGUGGGGCAUUGUCUUCUUCGUGUCCCGAAAAUAUCACCAUCUCUCCUGAGAUUAAUCUCUUCUGUCCCCAUCCAGUCCAUCUUGCUUCACUAAUUCCGAGAAUGGUGAGCUUAUAGCUCCUCAUCUCAGCGGCUAUUUGUGCCGCUUUACCAGCCUCGUACAUGGUGCGGACAUUCCAAGCGCCAAUGACGGUGGUAGUCCUGGUAGAGAUGAUGGUUGUCGGCUUAAUAGCUUCCAGGUUUCGGCUUUCACUAUUAGGCGUCAUAUUUUCCUCCUCAAGGAAUCCAUCCUCUCCCAGGACUGAAAUGUCUUUUGUUACUCUUUUCGGUGCUUUUGUAACUAUGAUUUUUUACAUGGCAGGGUUGUUGGCCUUGCGCACAACCACUUGGGGGGUUGCCCCUCACAGCUCAAUAGGUAGCUGCCUUUGUUCGGGUUAGGUCCCUAGCCUUUGUGGAUCCCUCCACUUCCUACAAGGCAGUAGGGCUGAUUUUGGUCCACCCCGGGUAUUUCCCCGGUACCCUCCAUAUCUGGCGGGCUUUCCCCUAUCCGCCGGCUGGGGAGGCGCUCGAUAGAAGAUCAGCAUCUCACACGAGUGAAAGGUAAAUGGAUGGUGAUAAAGUUGGCUAUAUUGCCCACCCCGUAAAAAAAAUUUUGCUCAGUGUCCUUGACCUUGGAGUGCUCAAGAAAAUAAAAUCAAUAAAAUGUCUUGCUUUCAAGUGCUCAUAACAUCAUUAAUUUGUAUAGAUACACUUAAAAUACAAAUCUAAAUGUUGUAGCCAAUUCAUUUAUCUUUCAGAAAAUGUAAAGUUUGCUAAGUUUUUGAUUACAAUUAAACUGCUGAAAGCAAUUUUAGUAAUUUUAGGUCAUUUAUAUAAGAAACUGGGACCACAACUAAAACCAAGUACAAAAUCUCAGGCAAAAUAGUUAUUAUUGACUAGUAAACAUUUAAAAAGGAAUUGUGGAACUGAUUUGGGUUGUUAAACUAUAAAAUUUAUUAGUUCUGAUCUAUAAUCUGUAGCUUCUGUGACUAAAAUUCAGUCAGUCCUUGCCCAACCUCGGGCCUGGCUCGAAGUCAAACCGUAGCCUCAGUAGGCCUACUUCAGAAUCACUAAGACUAGUAUAACAUUCAAAAGAAGAAUAAUCUCAACUGAUAUCGUCAUGGGGAAUGUUAAAAUCAUCAUCACUAUCACUUAAAUCCUCACCUAAAAAGCUUUCAAAAAUAUUUAUAUUAGUUCUCGCACUGAAGGCCCGGCCAUAGCUUCCGCCAUUUUAGCUUUAAAAAAAUCAGAGAUAUAAAAUUCCGAUUAAAAAGUGCUUAUUGUUAAGUUAUCAAGAAACAGCUUGACCCGGAAGUUGAUUUAAUUAUUAAUAACAGGAAGUGGCUAUUAUUUCGUUUAAAUAUUGGAUUGGAAUUUGCUAUUGGACCAUGUUUUUUAUCGGCCAGUUUUUUCGGCCGCCACGGCGCAGAACGAGAAUAUCUGCCGGUUUCGUCAGCUGACCACAGUUCGAGGGUUAACCUGAUUUGUUAAUGUACAAAAUAUUUUCCAGAUGGUCUAUUUUUUAAAAUAAAUAUUAUUGAGCUGCAACAUUAGGUUGGGUUUACAAGUUUUUAUAAUUGUCAAUGAUUUUGCUCACUAUACCACUCACUGUCACUAUGGUGCGGCCACCACCCAUAUGGUGCAGCCACUACCCAUUUAAAUGUUGAUAGAUGUUUUAUUACAUAAAUUGUAAUGUUAAAGGUCAUGUGUAAUUAUUUUGUUUAAGUUGUUUAAAAUAUUUUGAUUAGAUUAUCGUUUUUCUAAAAAGAAUGAUCAUGGUUUCCAAAAGCAAUAAUGUGUUUAAAAUCUCUAAGCUUACACUGCUAUCUGUGGGUUAAUUUUCUAUCAACAUAACAUGUUUGAGGAUUGCUUUCAGCUGGGAUGAAUGGGUGCAAGAAAGCAGAGUUGUCAAAAACAAUGAAGCUGGGAUUCAAAAACAGAAAGAGCUUCUUAAGAACCAUGGGUCAGUUCUGUUACUUAUUUAAUAAUAUCAUGUGUCAGUUAAGUGCUUAUUUAAUAAUAUCAUUGGUCAGUUCAGUAGUUAUUUAAUAAUAUCAUGGGUCAGUUCAGUUGCUUCUUAAGAACCGUGGGUCAGUUCAGUUACUUAUUUAAUAAUAUCAUGGGUCAGUUCAGUUGCUUCUUAAGAACCGUGGGUCAGUUCAAUACUUAUUUAAUAAUAUCAUGGGUCAUUUUAGAUUCGGUACUUAUUUAAUAAUAUCAUGGGUCAUUUUAGUUUCGGUACUUAUUUAAUAAUAUCAUGGGUCAGUUCAGUUACUUCUUAAGAACCAUGGUUCAAUUCCUUAUUUAAAAAUAUGAAAAAUCAUUUUAAAACUAGAUCACUUUAACUCGGUUACAAUAUUUUCUUCAAAUUUAAGCUGCUAUAAUUCAAUGUCACUUACUGAUCACUUAUCAACAGAGCACAGACUAAAAAAAACAAAGCAGCCAAGAAGUUGGAAAAGGAUGCCACAAAGCCUAAAACACCAUCUGGAAGUGGGAAGGAAAAAGACAAAGAAAAGGGCACACCAAAAGAGAAGGAUAAGGAAAAGGAUGUCCUGAAGGAACCAAAGGAAAAGGAUAAGUUGCCAGGGGAGAAAACUCCCAAAGAAAAAACAAAAGAGAAAGAAAAAAAGGAAAAAGAGCCUCGCCAACGACCAUCUACUCCACAACCCUCUGCGCCAGAUAAAAAGAAAGAAAAAGAGGUAGAAAAGGAUUCAAAAGAGAAAGAAAAAAAGGAGGAGAAGACGGGUAAGUUGAAAAAUAGCUUUACAUUUCUUUUCAAUGAACUUUACAAUAAAAUCUCUAGUUCACACCUUAUGAUGUUGAAGUGUUUAAAUAGUGGAAUGGUUUUUUUUUUUUUAUUUUAAAAAAAAAUUUUUCCUCUUGUCCAUAGUUGUAAGUUCCCAACCACCACCUAUUCCGAGUCAAGACUCAAGUGCAUUAUCAACACAAACACCUACUGGAGAGCCUAAGAGAAAAAGAGCCAGGACAGAACCUACUGUUGAAACAGUAAAUAAUUUCUCAUUUUGUUUUAUUAGAAAUUUGGUUGCAUGAAUAGGUAUGAAGUUCUUUUUUAGGUCAGAUAUAUUUAAAUUCUAAAAUAUGAGUUAGUCAUUUAGGCUUACAUUUUAUAUCUGGAGAAAUCCACUAAAAAUUUCAAUUUUGGAUCUCUCUUACCUGGGGUUUCCAUUCAGGUCACUGUACCUGGGUUUCCCCCUUUAAGCCUUAACCUACCCUUUAGGCUCACAAGGUGUCAGCAAGACUUUCACCAACUAACUUUUACCAUGCCAUGGUUUUGGAAUGCUGAAGAUUAAAAGUGACUUUUGACAAUGACUAAUAACUUAAGUCCCGACAGCCUUGAUGUAGACAUCAGUGGAAAAAGAAUAUAAAAUAUUUUUUUUUUCUUUGAAGUAAAACUAUGUCUGACAUACAUAUCAAGAGCAGCAGAGUGUGUCCCAAGUAGACGUUUGUUAUCGUUAAAGUGUUGUGUGGAACAUAAUAUUGACCCAGCCGUUUGAGUCUCUUUUCUUUAUUUGUUGAUUGCAUGUCACAACUUGGUAUUCUGGGGAUUUUAAAACUAAGUUUCUUUUCUGACCAUAAGAAGUGACUAUUGUUCAUGAAGUCUUUGAUGAGCAUUUAAUAUUUUACUAUAUAGUCGUGAAUGAUGCAGGACAGAGAUCAUGUACUUAAUUAGCAUUUAUAAAAUGUUUGUUUUUGGAGGUCAAUAUAUAGUUUUGAUAAGGCCUUAAGACUCACUGUGAUUUAUUUUUGUGAAAAUCUUUAAUAGUGAAUAGUACUAACCGUCUUACGAGUUUAGGGAAAUUAAUUUAAUUUUGUUUAUUUUAGGAAGAGACGUAUCUAUCAAAGAUUGAAGUAAAAAUCAAGAUUCCUGAAGACUUGAAACCUGUCCUUGUUGAUGACUGGGAUUUGAUUACUAGACAAAAAAUGGUAUUUCGUUUCCGUUAUUGAUUUUCAGUGUUCUUCUGCCAAGACUGCAGGUAAACUGGACAAGACAUAAGCCAUAGAUAUAAAGGGCAUAUUUGCCACAAAAUUUGUACAAGUUUGCAAAGCAAGACAAUAACCCAAAGCUUCUGUGUAAUUGUCUUGUUUUUUUUUAUCUCAAACUUCAAAAUAGCUUGUGACAUAAAGGUCAGCACCAGAUUAUCCAUCAUGGAUGCAUAGGCCACUUUCUUUUACUUUGUAUUUUUCUUAUCUCUUAGUUGGCCUUUCAUUGAAAUUAUGUAUGGAAGUUUAUUCUAGUUCUAGACAAUGAUUUUAUUAAAAAGUUGUUGGCUCUUUUCACUUGCCCUGUUCGCUACUUACUUUAGAUCAAUGUUCUAGUUUUUAAAAAAAAGUUAUUUGUUUCCUUUUACCACUCAUUUCAAAGCAGGAUCAAAAUAUUAAAAAUGAUCUUCCUAACAGAUGACUAAGCUUUGACUUCAUACGUGAAUCAAAUACAUUAUUUCUACUAUCUAUUAAUCUAUUAUAAUCUAUUAUUUAGAGUAAGCAGAGAAGGAAAGUACAAUUAGAUAGAAUUUUUGUGUUAUUUGACAGGGUGGUUAACGGGCAAUAUGGUGUCUAGGAAAAUGCAUGGUGAAUUUAUCAAAUUUGUUUGUUUUGUUUCAAUGUCCAGCUUGUGAGUUUGCCUUGUAAGCAAACAGUGGAUGAUAUUAUUGAGGACUACAUCAGGACAAAAACAACAAAAACAUCAAACAUAAACAAGUAAGUGAUUUAUAAAGUUCACAAAAAUGUUUGCUUUUGCGGUAUUUGGGAAAUUAAGAAAAAAUGAACUAAUCCUUUCCCAUGAACAUUCUUACUUUCUGUCAAUUAUAAAUAAGACGAUAUGCAUUGCAUAGUUAGUUUUUCCCUUUAAUCCCUUACUGCCUGCUAACAACGCCUUGUGUUACAGAGAUGCUAUGGUGGAGACGAUGCUUGGCUGUAAAGAUUAUUUCAAUGUGAUGCUAGGUGCUCAGCUGCUCUAUAAGUUUGAAAGACCACAAUAUAGUGAAGUAAGUCACAUGACCCUGUGAGGCAGUGUGGGGCUGCAUCAAAAACAUUUAUUUUCUUUACUUCACCUUUGUCUAGGAGUCUAGUUUAAAUUUAUGUCAUUGAAUAUGGCUUUCAGAAAUUCUCCCCAGAGUUCAGUUUGAAAAUUGAACGUGGAAAUUUGCUGUCGUAAUUUAUUAUUAUUACAGACCUGUUUACCCUCAAACUCUUAAAAUCGUAGAAUAUCGUCACAAAAUCGUUCAAUACGUUAUAUUUAUAGUAAAAAAUAAACAGUAUAUACAACCUCUACGCCUAAAAAUCGUACAUUGUACGCCAAAAUCGUAAGAGUAAACAGGUCUGUUAUUAAGAAAUAUAAACAUGGUAAAGAAACACCUGAAAAAGGUGGACGUGUCUGCCAAGAAGUCUUUGCUAGAAAUAGUGCAGAGAUGGAUAAAUUCAACUUUUAGAUAUCUAUUUGACAGGAAAUGGUUGACAUAUUCAAUUACGGAAGUGUCCCAUGAAAUCAAAGUAUUUGCUCAUGAGAUUAACAGGAACCAUAAAAGAUUAGAAAUAAAUAAAAUAUAAGAUAAAAUAAGGGGGAAAUCAGAUAUUAUCAAAAAAAGCUAACUUUAAAAAGAUCUCUUAUUCAAAAAUGUAUUCGCCAAAGCCAUGUCAAUUUAUCCAUGAAAUAAAGUAUGAUCCCCUUUGCUAAAUGGCCAUUUGAGUUUACCCUGAUAUAAAGGAACUAUAAAAAUCAUUGAAUUUCAUUGUAAUAAAUAUUUAAGUCAAAUUUUCAAAUGUAUCCCAUCAAAAGGGGAACGGAUUCACAAAGAUCUUGCCUUUUAAAUUUGGGCCCCUGGUGACAAAAGAAAGUUAAUCCUCCAUAUUUAAAGCAGUGAGUAUUUUAGGUCGGUAACAAAGUUUAUAUUUUAAAUUGUCCAUUUAAAAUCUGAUGACGAAGGGGACCCUGCUGUACAAAAAUUUGGAUAUUAUUAUUUUGAAAUGAUAAUGAAGCUUUAGUAGAUGUUUGAAAGCACACUAUUCUGAAUAAAACCUUAUGAAAAAUGCAUACACUAAAAAAUGGCUUAAGGGGAACAUCUAUUGAAGCCCUUUGAAGAUAAUAUUGUUUAACUCUUUACCCUCUUCAUUUUACAUUUUUAUUUUACAGCUAUUGGGAUAAUGACCAAAAUUUCCAGGAACCAUGUUUAGGUCAGAAGGAACGACCAUUACAAAUUUGGUUGCGAUCCAUUAUUUUGUCUUGUGAUUUAUCGACCCAUUGAAAAACAAAUUGAAAUGGUCACACUGAGCUUUAUUUAUGUAGUAGACAUUAGAGAAUUUCAGAAUAAUUUUUAAAUGUUCAUACUUUCUGCAGAUCACCCCCCCCCACCCACCUAUGUGCAUCUCUCCAAAAUACCCCCCCCCCCCAUUUUGUUUUUGUUUUGUUGCUGUACAUACAUAAUCAGUAGUGGUCCCAUUUUUAUGUAAUAGACAUUAGAGAAUUUCAGAAUAAUUUUUAAAUGUUCAUACUUUCUGCAGAUCACCCCCCCCUACCCCCCUAUGUUCAUCUCUCCAAAAUACCCCCCCCCCCCCAUUUUGUUUUUGUUUUGUUGCUGUACAUACAUAAUCAGUAGUGGUCCCAUAUUAUACUGAUUUAGAAGUUUUAUUCUAGUGGCUCUUAACACUUCAUAAUUUUUAUCAUAUUUACCUGUAUUUUGCACUGUAAAUUUUCGUAUGUGUCUGCAACAAGGGGUGAUGGGGUAAAGCCAUAUAUGGACAAGGCGGAGGGGUAGAAAAAUGUGUAUUUUGUGCAGACAUCUGUUAUGGACAACCUCUUUAAAGUUGCAUUAUAUAGAUUGUCAAUUUUCAUUUCAAUAGAGAUAAUAGUUCCUGUGAUAUUUGAUAUGUUACAGAUACUCCAAGAAAAUGGAGAUAAGCCGAUGUCCAGCAUAUAUGGGGCCAUACACUUUCUCAGGUUAUUUGGUAAGCAUUCUGUAUUUUAUGUACCGAUAUAAUUAUUAAUGGAACAUUGUCAAAAUUCAUCUCGUUUUGACAAUGAGAUAUGUUUAACGGUUUCCAAUUUAUUCAAGCUAAGCACAUGACAGUAGGUUCAUUUCUCUUACGACUUCUCCUUUCUUAGUUCGUCUAGGUUCUAUGUUGGCAUACACAUCCCUUGAUGAACGUACAGUCCACAUUUUAUUAAAUCAUGUCCACGAUUUUCUCAAGUAAGUGUGAAAAUGUAGAUCAUUUUGAAUUGUUGCUCUAAAAGCUUCUGUUGUCAUUCCCCAGUUCAAACACUUAACAUCUUAGUCUCUAUAAGUAUUAGAGUCCAUGUUAUUCGCACUUAUAGCGUAGUCACAAUCACAGUCAUUAUAAAUAUUGAAAUAACUCUAAGUUUAUAUAGUAAUCACAGAAAAAAAGGAAUAGCUGUUAUACACUACAACAAAUAGCUAUUUACAACUAUGUAUCAUUAAUUGAAUUGUGUGUUGAUUGGUUUGUAAAGCUUUUGUUGUGUUUUGUCCAUUUCCCCCCCCCCCCCAUAGAUUGAUGCACUGGCAUUGAUAAUAUGACUUUAUGUUUCUUUCAUAUUUCAGGUAUUUGUCCAAAAAUGGGCCUAGCCUUUUCAAGAUCUCAAACUAUGAAAUAGCAACUCCAGAUUAUCAUAGGAAAGCCAUCUAAGUUUAAAGCUGUUUUAAAUCUAGAAAUUAUGAAAUGAAAUUUUUUAAAAUGUCAAUGAUUGAUUUCUGCUUUUUAAAUUUUAUUUUUGUAUGUGUAUUUUGGUCAUUUGCAAAAAAAAAUAAUUGUGUUUUGGCUUUAUAAAAAUGCAUCGACUUUAAGUUUAUUGUAUUUCUUUUGGUGUAAAAUAAAUUGUGUGUUCAUCAAUUUAGUUAUGCUAAAGAAAUUUUAUUAUUGUUUUA